AUGAUUUCAACAUCAUCCGUGCCUACCGCACCCAUAUUGCGAAAUCUGAACGCAGUCCUAGCCGACAUCUACUGCAGGUAUAUAGCUUUGAAGAAGGAGGACUGCGCACUUCACUAUGGAGUGUUCACCGAAGUAUUUCUGAAACUUCACGAUACUAUGAAAAAGGUUGAUUCUUACUAUGGACGCUAUUCAAGUGCGGUGAAGUUCGCUGGAAGUCAUUUCGACGGUUUGCGCAUAAACAAGCCCGACGAGUAUGAUAUGGAUAUAGUAAUUAGAGUACCAGUAAGUAUUAACCACAAUAGUUGGACACCAGGCGCGAGCGAUAUCACCAUUGAACCGAAGCACCCGGGCUUCGUGCAGCUUCGCGCCGGUGUGCAGUACCAAAGGAUACCAUUCCGAGAUGGCGAGGACUGUGUUAUAAACCGAACCGCGUACGAAUGGUUAGACGCGAAGAACUACAUUCUGCGCUCCAAGUUCACGAACUGGUUCAAGAGCGUAGUCACAAAAGCCCUUAACCAGCUACCACGGUAUUGCGGCCUUCCGUCGAUGUGCGUCAAUGGGACCGUGCACACAAUAAGAACAACCGAGAGUGGGCCCGCGUUCACACUCGUAAUUGAGGGCCCGCGUGGCUUCAGACUCGACGUGGAUCUGGUGCCGGCGUUGAAGUUCCCGGAGAGUCGUUGGCCGGUCGAAGGUUAUCGGAGCAUUCCUCCUGGCUGCAGCGUAGAUUACUGGAUGGUGGUGCCAAAACCAAAUAAGAAUGGGCAUGACUGUUACGACGAGUCCCGCUCGUGGCGGAUCGCACUUCACGAGCAAGAGAGGAAGUUAAUGCAUAAUUCAUACAAUAUGCAUUUGACGAUUAAGUUGUUGAAGAAGUUACGUGAUUCCAGAGGCAUGAACAAGAUAGCGAGUUAUUAUAUAAAGACAUUGUUCCUGUGGGAGAUAGUGGAGCUCAACGACCCAAGCUUCUGGAAGCGUAAUGAUCUAGCGACGCUUUUGAAGCACAUGCUUAAUAAAUUCCAUAUCGCGCUGAUAGAAGGGAAGAUAAGUUACUUCUGGAACAGGAGAUGCAACCUCAUCGGCCACUUGAGUAGGCAGCUAUUGGACAAGUAUUCUGACAUAGUGGGGAGCUUACUGAGGGCGUUAGACGACCGUCAAGGCCACGUCACGGCGGCCAAGUAUUUGUUAUCUGAUGUGGAGUAUGCGUCCUAUCAUAGAUUUUUAAGCACCAAUUGA